AUAAUGAGAAUUUUGGUUAUAAAAAUUGCUCCGAAGGGGUGCUUAAUUUUGGUAAAAUACGGUAUUUGGUCAGUAUAAAGAUGGAACAAAUGUUUGUUCAGUAUAAAGAUGAAACAAAUUUAUCC